UUAUACAUUACUGAAUCAGUGCAGGAGGAACCUGGAGGGACAAAGCAGCAUCUUCUCUUUGAACUGCACUGUAAAAUCCGACAGCUCUCCUAGCCCAGCCAUGCUCUGAUACAAUUUUUUCUCUCCUUUUUCCCCUCGAUUUUGGUGCGAAUGAUAAAGUGAUCUGAUGAUGGCUCUCGUUAUGGAACCUAUUAGCAAGUGGACGCCCAAGCAAGUAGUGGAUUGGAUGAAAGGCCUGGAUGAUUGCCUCCAACAAUACAUCAAGAACUUUGAGAGGGAGAAGAUCAACGGGGAGCAGCUGCUGCACAUCACGCACCAGGAGCUGGAGGAGCUGGGGGUGACCCGCAUCGGCCACCAGGAGCUGAUCCUGGAAGCCGUGGAUCUGCUCUGUGCACUGAAUUAUGGUUUGGAGACUGAAAACCUGAGGACUCUGUCUCACAAGCUGAAUGCCUCGGCCAAAAACCUUCAGAACUUUAUAACGGGUCGGAGGAGGAGUGGCCACUACGAUGGCAGAGCCUCCAGACGGCUGCCAAAUGAUUUCCUUACCUCUGUAGUCGACCUGAUUGGUGCUGCCAAGAACUUACUCGCCUGGCUGGACAGGUCUCCGUUUGUCAGCGUGACAGAAUAUUCCCUGCUGAAAAACAACAUUGUUCAACUGUGCCUGGAACUAACAACCAUUGUGCAACAGGAUUGUACGGUGUAUGAAACAGAAAAUAAAAUUCUUCAUGUGUGUAAAACCCUCUCUGGGAUUUGUGACCACAUCAUUUCCCUCUCCUCUGACUCUCUGGUGUCCCAGUCAGCACACCUCGAGGUCGUUCAUCUCACCAGCAUCAUGCCCAGUGAGGGCUUGGGAAUGUAUAUCAAAUCAACAUAUGAUGGACUACAUGUAAUCACAGGAACAACAGAAAAUUCUCCUGCUGACCAGUGUAAGAAAAUCCAUGCUGGGGAUGAGGUGAUCCAGGUCAACCACCAAACUGUGGUUGGCUGGCAGUUAAAGAACCUUGUAAAUGCACUGUGGGAAGACCCAAACGGAGUGAUUUUAACCUUGAAGAAACGUCCUCAGAACACCCUGGUUUCUGCUCCUGCCCUGCUGAAGAAUGUGAGGUGGAAGCCUCUGGCACUGCAGCCUGUGAUUCCAACCAGCCCCACGAGCAGCUCUACAACCCCAACGAGCACCAUGGGCAUGUCCUCAAAAAUGGACAACUCUGCACUCCAGGAUGUUUUCAUUCUCUCCCCUAUGUCAGGACUUUAUGGCCCCAGGGAUGAAAUUGGGAUCGUGUCUUGUGACGACAUCAGCAAAUUUGGGAAGUCUGGGAUGAAAGGCUCUGAGUCUCCCAACUAUUUCCUGGAGCACGAGAGUGGGAAGUUCUACACGCUGGUGGAAGGGGAAGGUCACCCUGGGGGCUCUGAGUACGACAGGAGCAGAGCCACAGGCGUCAGGAGAAGGGAGAAAACCCCCACUCAUGGAGAUUUGAGGCCAGUUUCGAUGCCUACUGAGUACAGCUGGAUAGGGGAGUCCAAGGAACAGAACAUGUACAAGAGGGGAAGCAGAGACUCUGAGAAUUCUCUGCUGCGAUACCUGAGCGAUGACAAGAUCCUGGUGAUCCAGGAGGAGCCUCUGGCGCAGAAGGACAACAAAAGGGACACGGGCAGGAGGUCCAGGAAAAAGGGCAGAGGAGCAGGGAACCCCAGCUACCCCAUCAGCCCCUCGGUGCUGGCCCCCAGCAUGAGCAGCAGGCUGGAGCCAGGGCAGCAGGACGUGCUCAGCUUCUCGCUGGCAGAGAGCAACACCGUGCCCCUGUACCAUAGAGCAGGGGAUACAGUCAGUGGAGAUACUGAAAGAUAUGCAAGUUCUGCCAUUGACCAUCCAGGAAACACAUCCAUGAGGAAGUCAUUCCAUUACGCUUCCCUCAGGGUAAAAAGCAGAAAAUGGUCAAAAGGGAGUUCCCUCUCCAGCGUGAGCAGGAGACGAAUUUCCUGCAAGGACCUGGGGCACGGCGACUGCGAGGGCUGGCUCUGGAAGAAAAAGGAUGCCAAAGGUUAUUUCACCCAGAAAUGGAAAAAGUACUGGUUCAUUCUGAAGGAUUCCUCCUUGUACUGGUACACAAACCAGAAUGAUGAAAAAGCAGAAGGAUUCAUUAGUUUACCCGAGUUCAGGAUAGACAGAGCAAUUGAAUGCAGACGAAAACAUGCCUUCAAAGCAUGUCACCCCAAAAUAAAGAGCUUCUACUUCGCAACCGACUGCCUUGAAGAGAUGAACAGAUGGAUGAAUCGUUUGGGUCUCGCAGCAAUUGGUUACACACCUGAUGACAAGGAUAUUCACCCAGAUGAAGAUUACUGGAGCGAAAGCGACCAGGACGACAUGGACGGCUCGCUGACCCUGAAGCAGGAGGGCUCCUCCACGCUGUGUGACACCUACCACCGCACCCCCUCAGUGAACUCUUCAAGUCCAUUCCCUGAAGCCAAACAAGGUCGACACUUUUCCAGCGAAUCGACGUAUUCGCACUCGUCUGCCGAGGACUCGCGGCAGGACGCAGCGGGCAGCAGCCACUCCUCGGGGUGCAGGCCUCCCUACCGAGAGCGGCGCUCCUGGCAGGACCUGAUAGAGACCCCCCUAACCAGCUCAGGGCUGCAUUUCCUCCAGACUGUCCCUCCGGAGGCGGAGUACGUGAGCGGCCGGCCCGGGAUGUCACCGGACAGACGGAGACAAGCCACGCUGCCCGUCCAGAGGCGCCACAAUUUUGAGCAGGAUGGGCCCUUUCCUCUGGUGGAAUGUCCAAGGGGACACAGCUCCCACGGGCGGCCCCAGAAACAGCGCAGCCAAAGCCUUCCCCGAAACAGAGACGUCCGCGGGAAGGGACGCGUAAAAUCCAUCGAGGGGAUCGAUGACAACCUGGACGAGACGGUUCCCAUUAGAAGGCACAAUAGUUUCUGUGCAGAAGAAAACAUAAAAGAUAUUGAAGAAGUCACAGAUGGUCUGCAGGAGCUCUACAGAACUCUGGAAGAAGCCAGUCUGUCAGCUUUUGGAGAGCAGCGUCCCUCCACCAAGCAGGAGUUCCGCAAGUCCUUCGUGAUGCGAUGUAACGACCCCGUGAUCAACGAAAAGCUGCACCACAUCCGAGUCCUCAAGAGCACUUUAAAAGCAAAGGAAGGGGACCUCACAGUUAUCAACAGCCUUCUGGAUGAUCCCAACCUAACAUCCAAGAAGUUCAAAGAUUGGAAAUUAAAGAACUAUGAGUUUUUCCUGGACAUUUGUGAGUACAGUGCUGCUGGGAAGUCUCAAAACGGAGCCUCUGAACUGGCAAGCUCAGCCCCAAUGCUGACACACACACACUCCUUCAUCGAGACUCACGUGUGACAGGAGCCUCAGCCUGGGUCACUGCUGGGUGCCCGGACAGAUGCAGUCAGACAAACACUGGUGAAUUUAUUACUGAGGUACUCAGCAGUACUGUAUAUACUUGGGUAAGAGAAUAGUGCCACAGGAUGCCUACUACAUUGCAUGAU